CGCGUCUUUACAACUUCAACUCAAGGAUUCUUGCAUCGUGCACACACUAUAUUACCAUGCCCGCCACACGGAAUGCACGCAAGAAAAAUAAAUUCGAACCAUCUUCAAGUCAAGGCUCCAGGAAACAGCCUCACAAGCGCGUCAACUUGAAGAAACAACCUGGCGAGAAUGUCCAUGAUAAACAAGUUGCUAUGUCCACGGAUGAUGCCUACAAGUUAUCAAAGCUGGCUGACGCACAGACCCCUAUAUCCAAAGCUUUGAAAGGCCGUAAGAGAUUCAGUGCUGAUCUUCACGAGCUGCACACGAGCUGCCCAUCUGACCUUGAUAGGGGAACAUGGUCUGCGCAAAGUUUCAGAGCGGGAGAUGAUGAUGGCUCAGUAGAGUUUGACCUCAUAGAGUCUAGAGAUCGGACAAGGAUAGUGAUGCACCUCCUAUGUUCUGAUACUUCCGAGUACCCCAACACUCACUCAUUCUUCUGCCAUUCCCCAGAACCUGGCAGUUACGGGGAACAGGUGAAGGAGAUUUGUGACGGGGUACUCAACGACAGUCCCAGUACGAUUCACGACGUGGCGAAGCAUUUCUUGAUCAGUAUUUCUGGUGACGAUGACAGCGAAGAUGACCACAAUUACGAUAUGACUGCAGAUGAGGACAUGAGUGCGUUCACCAGACCAGAGAUCUGUCGCUCAGUCUUGCGCAGAGACUUUGAAGGCACUCAUGCAGCUGGUUAUACCCCAGGAGCCAUUUGGAGUGGUAGCAGCGAGUUCUUCUUGACAAUCUCUGUCCCUGUGGUGGAAUUAACUGACAAAAUUCCUGCUCACGUCCUGAUGUCUUGGGAUAGCCAAUUCCUACUUCCUCGCCAGCAUCUCGUGCUGGUCACCUCUGGUUUCUGUGGCGUAUAUCCGCCUGUUCAGAGCGAUGGGACACUCUCCCCUGCUGCAAUCCAUUCUGCACCUCAACACGUCGUCGCUUCGCUCCGCCGAUAUGGUCUCCAGUCCGACCAGCAGAACGGUAUUGAAGAUGGCGUGGUUGAAGAAUAUAUCGACGUUGACAACGCGUCUGAAACGGGAUCGGCAGAGGAUGACGGUACCUUUGAUAAAUUUAGUUUGAGCAGCUCGCUUGAAUCGUUACUUGAUGAGCACUUUCUUCAACUGCUUCGAGUUCGACGACAGUUCAAACUUGGAUGGGCUGCAGCUGAAGAACUCCUCUGGAGAUCACAGGAACUUCAGAGAUCGCCUGCAAUUCUUGUGAAGGAGAUGCAGGAGGAACUUCGUCAAGCUGAGGAGGAGGAGCAAUGUCUAGCUGGCUCUCGCUACUUACCGCAUGAUCCCUUGGAAACCCAAGAUGGUCACGUCAACUUACUCGAGACUGCUUUUGCGUACCUUCUCCGCCGAUUCACACUAUGCAAUCGUUAUUGUGUCGUCUGUCACAAGAAACUCAAUACCGUGUUCGAGGUCCUAAAGCCUUAUGUUUGCAACUCUGGUCUGUGUGCAUACCAAUACUAUAGCCUCAACUUUGGGCCCUCCCUAGAGUAUGAUAUUUGCAAGAAUACUGAGACGGUAGAUCUCUUGGUUUCCCUCGCUUAUGUUGCUGCCGCAGAACAAGUUCCAGACCCCGUCCAUAAAAGUCCCAUGCGUGACUUCGAUAGCUUGACUGUCAACGAAAUGCGUACUGCAAUUGUGCAACUUAUCGACACACUGCCUCCGGUUCGAACAUUCAGGGACAUGAAGAAACACCUUGAAAAGAAAGUCAUCGUAGGGACUAACAAGCCGAAGUUGAAGGAUAUGGACUCCAGUAUCUUGCCCGCCGCAUGGUCCAUCUUGCGUUGGUGUGUUGCCUCUUGCACGGCACACCUACAAGAGUUGACCGAAGAGGAAGAUCAAGUACAGAACAUAGGCUCGCAGUGGCGACAAUUCCGCUUUAUGGUCGGUGCCCCUGAUAAAGAAGCGAAGUUCAAACAUGCCUUAGAGCAAGAAACACGUGAUGAUUCUAAUGCGAAGAAUUACCCCACUCUCUAUGCUUUCCAUGGGUCACCCUUGAAGAACUGGCAUUCCAUCAUACGGCACGGACUGUGGUAUAAGACCGUGGCACAUGGCCGAGCAUACGGAGAUGGUGUUUACUUCGCCAAAGACGGUGUGAUUUCGAUGGGAUCCUAUGCUACGGCUAGCUCACAAUCUUGGAGGAAUAGCACGAUCGCCCCUUCGGCCUGUGUAGCUCUCGCGGAGAUCAUCAAUCUCCCGCAAAAAUUUACCUCGCAUAAUCCGUAUUAUGUGGUCAAGCAGACAGAAUGGAUUAUGUGUCGAUACUUGCUAGUCAACACAUUCGAUUACUCACACUCUAACAGUAUAUUUACCAGCAUCAACACCACUACCUCCACCACCCCCUCCAAGUCAAAGGUCCGAAAUGUUCCUUUUAUCAAACACGAUCCAAAUUGUCGUCCCCUACUCUCGAAUGCACAAGUCGAAAUCCCACAACCUUCUUACAAACUUGAGAAACUUCUUGGGCUUUGCCAGGACGCAUAUGUCCCUCCUAAACUCGAUGAGGAUGACAGCGCUGUUUUUAGCGCACCUGAUGAAGUGGAAGUGAAGCCAAAGAGCAUCGCACCGUACAUCAACGGAAAACCAAAGCAAGAUUGGGUACAUGAUGCCAGUUGGGUGGAGAAGAACAUCAACCUCUUGUUACCUCCGCCUGCUGAUUCGACCCCAGGAGCGACAAUGGCACUACAGAAAGAGUUCAGGGCGAUGAUGAAAGAACAGGGGGGCGCGGAGUCACUUGCUACCUUAGGAUGGUACAUGCCUCCAGAGUUCAAUGAGAACUUGUUCCAGUGGGUGGUAGAAAUGCAUUCGUUUGAUCCUGAUCUGCCUAUUGCAAAGGAUUUGAAGUCAAAGGGUGUCAAUUCGCUUGUUUUCGAGAUACGUUUCCCGUCGACGUUCCCUCAUUCUCCCCCGUUCUUUCGACUUGUAAUGCCUCGGUUCCUUCCUUUCAUGCAGGGCGGAGGCGGUCACAUUACUGUUGGGGGUUCUAUCUGCAUGGAUCUUCUAACUUCAGCUGGUGACAUUGCUUCUGUACUCUUACAAAUCAAGCUCGCCAUCUCGAGCACCGACCCCAAACCUGCGCGGCUAGACCAAAAUUGGGAACAACCGUAUCAUCCACAGGAGGCGUUGUCAGGGUACACGAGGGCGGCAGCUAUCCAUGGUUGGAAAGUUGCAAAUCCGAGGGAAAUGGAAAGACUUGUCACCCAGGGUUGAAGUGGUCGUUGCAUGGAUGUGUGUGAUCUUGGGACAUUGUAUUGGAAAUUGUGAAUAUACCGAACCAACCGAAUGUCUUCAGUCUUCUGACAGUAAUUGAUAAUAUGCGUGCAGCCCUGUCCGUGGGACGGGAGCUUGGGAUGCAGGGUCCUGGGCUGAUCCAUUGUGGUCACGGGGAUGUAGUACUUGCUGAGCCGUUUUUCUGCACUUCUUGCUGUAGUCAGUAGUUUGUUGUUAGUUUUCUUUUGGCGCUCCUCUUCCCUCUCUCUUCUCUCCUUUCCUAAGUGCUGCAAAAGUUAAACUCGAUCUGGAUGAGG